GUGGUGACCAAUAUGCCUAUAUUGAGGUCAAUGGUCAAAGACAGGGCUCUAUGGCCUUUUUGAGCUCAAAGAAUACUGACCUGUUCUCCUCUUCGUUUUGCCUCAGUUUUUAUUAUCACAUGUAUGGCAAACAUAUUGGAUAUCUAGCAGUGUACUCACAAAAACGUAACUCGGGCUGGUGGUCUAAACGUUGGGCUCGGUCCGGAAAUCAAGGAAAUCAAUGGAUCAAAGCCAGUGUGGAUAUUACUGGUAAUAUAAAGUCAGGCAUUGUUAUUGAUAUCGAGGCUUCGAAAGGAAGUAGAGGGAAUAGAGGUGAUAUUGCAAUUGAUGAUAUAACAUUGCGUACCGGUUCUUGUAACUAGCUUGUUACACUACUCGAUAUUGUGAACUGAAAAGUCAAUUUAUUGACUAACGUUAUUAUUAUUAUCUGUUCUAGAAAUGUACGUGUUAGUCCAGCUAAUAUUGCCCGAAAUUCACCUUUUAAUUUUGUUUUUAUAUCAGAUUAUGUUUACUAAAAAUUGUUGGUCGCAAACAAACAGUGUUUUCAGUAUUUAAUGUAAUGAUAUUAUUC